UGGAAAGGCUCGUUGCUCAUAUCAGACGCCGAAGAUUUAUCAAAGCUUUCAUCUGCAAGUCGAGGAAUAUAGGGAGCGGCCACUCAGAUUCUAAGGUUUCAAUCGGUUUAUCGUCGGUAAAUACCAUAAAGGGCGCACGCUAAGGUUUCUGAAUUCUUGGAAUAGGAUAGAAAAGGGGUUUGUCCUGGCUAGGGACAUGUAAAUAGGUGUAGUGAGAGUUAUGAUAUUAUUUUUCGUCCACUUUGUUUGUGGUUGCAUCCGUUGUGGUAAAGGUCAGGAAGCUGAAUUGCCUUGUCUGAGAGGGCAAGAUGCCAUCUAAUUAUUUCUCAAGAUUGGGGGGUACAUUCCGGAGGGGUGUCCAGAGAUCUAUUGUUGGGCAAGGGGGUGGACUCCAGGACUUGGUGGAGGUUCUGAUUGGCCAGGGGAAGUUGUAUGGUAAAUCUAGGUCGCUCCAUUCUAUUUCAUUUGAGGACCUGCAAAUAUUUCUACGACCUGGCACCCUUAUCGCUGCUCAAUCAAAUUUGCAUCUAGUCAAUCAAAGAAAGAAUCUUUUGGUUGUUGGAGCUCUUUCUCGCACUUUUUCUAUUCCAUCGGUGUCAGGGAUUUCAUUUCAGGUUUGUGAGUAUCAUGUUGAUCGCCUGCGAUCAGAGCCUAAUCACUUGUCUUUGGGAAUUGACUCUCAGAAGUCACUUAUGGCUCUUUGUGGCUCAAGAGCUUCUGUAACCUACUGUUGUUUAAGUAAUUCAACUUCCAGGCAUGGGCACCCCAGAGUUUCAACAAGUACUUCUAUUUCUUAUUACAGCAAUAGAACUUUUGACAAUUGCAGCAAAACCAGCAUGAGCUUGAGAAAUAAGGAACCACCAAACAAUUUUUUGAUCGAUGGGUAUUUCAUAUAUAAUACAGCAAAGUGGAGAGCCAGCCACAGUCCCUUUCUAGGGUUUGGAUUGAAGGGUAUCCACAUCACAUCACCCCUCUGUUUAUCUGCUGGGACUGCUCCUGAUGUGUCCUUUGACAAUUCUGUGCGUGAAGAACAGCUUGGAAAUUCUGCAGAUUCUUCUGAACAGAAUAUCCAAGCAAACAGAACUCUGAAGCUACAUUCGGGAUCAUGUUACCUGCCCCAUCCUGAAAAAGAAGAAACUGGAGGGGAGGAUGCCCACUUUAUAUGUCCAGAUGAACAAGUAAUUGGUGUUGCUGAUGGUGUGGGUGGCUGGGCUGAUCUUGGUGUUAAUGCAGGGAUAUAUGCACGAGAACUCAUGUCUAACUCUGUAAAUGCCAUUCAAGAGGAACCUAAGGGUUCUGUCGAUCCAGCCAGGGUCCUGGAGAAAGCUUACUCAAGCACAAAGGCCAAAGGGUCCUCAACUGCUUGCAUAAUUGCGCUCACAGAUCAGGGUCUCCAUGCCAUUAAUUUAGGGGAUAGUGGGUUUAUGGUGGUUAGAGAUGGAUGCACCGUAUUCCGAUCCCCUGUACAACAGCAUGAUUUCAAUUUCACUUAUCAAUUGGAGAGCGGUAAUGGUGGUGAUUUGCCAAGCUCUGGUCAGGUGUUUACAAUUCCUGUUGCUCCAGGAGAUGUUAUAAUUGCUGGCACUGAUGGACUUUUUGACAACCUGUAUAACAAUGAUAUUACUGCGGUUGUGGUACAUGCUAUGAGAGCUGGCUUAGGGCCUCAGGUGACAGCUCAGAAGAUAGCAGCAUUGGCACGGCAACGAGCACAGGAUAAGAACCGGCAGACACCAUUCUCUGCUGCAGCCCAAGAUGCUGGGUUCCGGUAUUAUGGUGGGAAGCUUGACGAUAUUACUGUUGUUGUUUCCUAUAUUUCCAGUGCCGACAAUAAAAACUCUUCAGCAUGCGGCUCUGGUUGAAAGACUGUUUUCUGCUCGUCUAUGGUUUACCACUGAUGGAUUCGAACAAAAGGUCAUUUAGAUUGCUUGGCAUCUAUUUUGACAUUGAAGAUUCGUGCAGCAGAAUAUAUGUGUCUACCUUUUUGUAAAUGUUAAAUUUUCUCUCAAUUCACUACCAUUGUAAAUACUAGUUUUUGGCCUAUUCUCUGCCGUUUUGUUUAGAGAUUGAGGCAGGGUUUGUCAAUCAUGGAUAAGCUGAUUUGUGUCAAAAAAUCAUUUCGUAUAUAACAAAAUGGAUUAUAUCAGAUUCAUAUUUUGUAUGAAUAGUAUAUAUAAUCGGUAUAUAAACAAG